UUUGAAUCAGUUGAGGCUUCAGUCUUCACUUUGGCCGAAUGUGUUAGUACGUCCCUAGCCCACCCACGACACUAAAACUUUAGUAAAAGGACGAAUGCAGUGAACUGUUUCCUUUUCCGUGGGAGCAUACUUGCAGUGAGUGGGUCAGUAAAAUCUGAGGAGGCAUCAACCAGCGAGGAUUAUCGAUUAGAAAAGUUAGAUAAAGCAAAUAAUUCUCAAGCAGCUGGAGAGUUUGCAUCUAGUAUUGCAGUUGACAAUGUGUGGAUGAUCGCCAUUGCUCCACCGUAUUCCUGUGUAGUGUGGAUGCCGUUCUCUGCAAGGCUUGCUACUGGCCGGCAAGAUGGUGCAGUCGGGUAGACGGAAAAUCAUGGCAAGGGCUGAUGUCUGCCUGAUAUACGGUAUUUCACUGCUGCUCGUCUGCGUAAGCCUAUGCGCUGCUGCCGAUGCAACCGGGACGGGUGUCGAUGACGGGGCUGCCGGUGUGGCUUCUACCACUACGGGCACCAGCACUACCGCCAGCACUACCGCCACCACUACCAUCGUGACCACCACCCCUACUGCUGCCGUCACUACCAUCACCGUUGACCCUCUGCUUCUCAUCGACGCCAACGCCACGGUGAUUUGCUCGGCGAACACGACUUCGUUGCUGCACCUUACUGCACAGAACGUGCCCAUACCGGCGGAUGAUAAAGAUCUAGUCUGGCUCGUCGACUACUGGCCGACCAACGUUCUAUAUCCGAAACCGAUCCAGGACGCGCGUCCGUUCAAUGCCUCCGAGCCAGUCCUCGCGUUGCCGCACUUUUGGGACUGCCCGGGCGAUCGCGGCGUCUGGAACGUCUCCGUUCGAGUGUGCGAGGAGUCCUCUCCAGGGUUUGGUUGUCCGGAACCAUCAGAUUCACUUGCCCGCAAUGAGACUGCCUUCACGAUCAAAGUCGGCCUAGCAUCAUCCCUGGCACCAGUGGGUAGUGGUACGUUUGCCUGCAGCAAUGGCACCAAGAGCACCAUAAACAUCAGCGCCAUGGUGUAUGUACCCAACGGUGAGGAUUGGCAGCCCAUACCGCUACGCUAUGAGUUUGAUUUCCGGCGACCGAAAGUCCAGCCGUUGUUGGUCGGUGGCCCAGUUUCGGCGCGGAGGAGUGUCGUGGCCGUCAUGAGGUCUAACGAUACGAGCGUGACGCUGCAUCAGCCGUGGGUGUGCGGCGAUUACGAGUCGGGCACCUGGGACGUCGUCCUGCAGGUGCGCAACGAUGUGGACAAUACCUUGCUGGCGUACGCCAGUGCAACCAUCUUCGUUACAAAGCACCGUGCCUCGCUAACUGUCAAUGGUUCUCUGCAGAGGACGUUCAGCUGCUCGUCGGACUCACCCCUCAUUCUCCGCUACACCUCUACUGGAACAGGACAGGAAGAUGCAACCGUUACCCUACAGUGGGUUGUAACCGGGACUACACCUAACGUCACUAUUUACACUCCGCCGGAACAGAACUUCUCCGGAACGGUUGUGUACUCUUGGCCGUGUCCGCAAGCAUACGGCUUGUACACGAUCACACUGCAGCUUCUCAAUGUGUUCAUACCUAUUGAUCGGCUGCAAGCUGAGACUGAAGUCAGCAUCGGAGUUACUGUGUUGCUAUCGUCCGACAUGGCUAUCCAGCAGCACUUGCACAACCGUCAUCGGUACCACUCUCCCAUGGCCGUCGGCGAGCUGGCGUUCAGCGUUCGCAACCUGCUGGUGAAGGACACGAAUCGCACCGUGGAGGAGUUCUUUGGCGGUGCUGCUGCUGCUGUUGGCGGCGGUGGUGGCGGUAGCAAUGCUGGCAAGACGUCCUUGCAGAUCUACUACGACUGGGUGUUUGACGAUGGAGUUGGCAACACCACCACAACACAGCCAAACAUCACGUAUUCCUAUGAGAGAACAGGUGUGUAUUCUCCCAGGGUGACAGUCCGUGCUAUGAGCGUUGGUAACUACACGCUGGGUCUGCAGCUGGCUGCCGGCACAGCUCUCUUCCCUCCGCUGAGCGUAGUGGCCUAUGUAUCCAGUGUGGAUGUUGACGGUCCUCACGAUUUCCAAGUCGGUGAAUUUGGAACUAACUACACACUCACCUGUGUUUUAAGCUCUGAUACUGACAUCAUCCCCACAAGCCUGUGCUGGAACCUGACGCUAGUGGAAUCCAACUCGUCGCUGAAUGUACCGUACUACAGCGACUGCGAUAUGUUCAACGCCGUGUCGAUUUACAACCGCACGUUUGGCCAUGCGUUCAACGUCACCGGAAUUUACCAGCUGGCGUACAAUUGUUCGAAUGCCGUUUCACGCACUGAUGAGCUGCUUGAGAUCGAAGUCAAUAAUGCGCCUGUGCCACCCAAGGUGCCCGUCGUUUCCUACACCCUGCCCGUCGUGCUGACAAUGGUGUUCGGUCUGGCCGGCUUUGGCUUGCUCGGAUUCCUCGUCUACCGGCACCGCAAGAACCGACACAUCCAGGUGGCCGAGUUUGACUACCUGCUCGACUGGGAGCAGCCACGACCGCGCACGCUGAAGGACCGCUUCAUCGAGUGGAUGGGCGGCGUGUGCGGCUGCCUGCCCGGCCCGUGGCACUGGCGUAAGUCUCAGCGCACGCAGCGCUACCUCAGCCUGACGAGCCGCUCCAACGACUCCAACUACGGCUCCACGCAGUCCUACAGCAUGUCCAUGUCCUGAUGUCCUGAUGUAGUAGUGUUGCAGCUGGCGCCACCGGUACUGACGAUGGUGACGCUACGUACAAGUUUAUGUCCUCAAGUAGUAAUAUUGUUGCAGCUGCUGUUCCUGUCGAUGGUGGAACAACGUGCAAGGUACAAGUUCAUGUCGUCAAGUAAUAUUGUUGCACCUGCUGUUCCUGUCGAUGGUGGAGUGACGUACGAUGUACAAGUUCAUGUCGUCAAGUAAUAUUGUUGCACCUGCUGUUCCUGUCGAUGGUGGAGCGACGUACGAUGUACAAGUUCAUGUCCUCAAGUAAUAUUGUUGCACCUGCUGUUCCUGUCGAUGGUGGAGCGACGUACGAUGUACAAGUUCAUGUCCUCAAGUAAUAUUGUUGCACCUGCUGUUCCUGUCGAUGGUGGAGCGACGUACGAUGUACAAGUUCAUGUCCUCAAGUAAUAUUGUUGCACCUGCUGUUCCUGUCGAUGGUGGAGCGACGUACGAUGUACAAGUUCAUGUCCUCAAGUAAUAUUGUUGCACCUGCUGUUCCUGUCGAUGGUGGAACAACGUGCAAGGUACAAGUUCAUGUCGUCAAGUAAUAUUGUUGCACCUGCUGUUCCUGUCGAUGGUGGAGCAACGUGCAAGGUACAAGUUCAUGUCCUCAAGUAAUAUUGUUGCACCUGCUGUUCCUGUCGAUGGUGGAGCAACGUGCAAGGUACAAGUUCAUGUCCUCAAGUAAUAUUGUUGCACCUGCUGUUCCUGUCGAUGGUGGAGCAACGUGCAAGGUACAAGUUCAUGUCCUCAAGUAAUAUUGUUGCACCUGCUGUUCCUGUCGAUGGUGGAGCGACGUACGAUGUACAAGUUCAUGUCCUCAAGUAAUAUUGUUGCACCUGCUGUUCCUGUCGAUGGUGGAGCGACGUACGAUGUACACGUUCAUGUCCUCAAGUAAUAUUGUUGCACCUGCUGUUCCUGUCGAUGGUGGAGCGACGUACGAUGUACAAGUUCAUGUCCUCAAGUAAUAUUGUUGCACCUGCUGUUCCUGUCGAUGGUGGAGCGACGUACGAUGUACAAGUUCAUGUCCUCAAGUAAUAUUGUUGCAGCUGCUGUUACUGUCGGUGGUGGAGCAACGUGCAAGCAGGCACGCAAGUUCGCUGCUGUGUUCGUUGCGUUGCGUUCGCCGAUCGAGUACGGAGUAGAGGACUUGAGCUCUGCCGUUUGACCUUUCCUUUUGCGAACGAUUGUUACCGUGUAAGCUAUUGUUGCAAUGUGCUACCUGGCGACAGUGUACAAACGUGAAAUAUGUAGCAUGGCGAAAUGGCUAAAUGGCCGCGGUGGUGGCGGCCACUGACUCCUAGCUUAGCCGCCAAGCUCCGUGUAGAUUUGUUGAUAUGUGCCGCCCGUGUAAGGCACCAGGGCACGCCCGUGCGUUGAUACAUAACGCAAGUAAAGUUUGUGCAUCGAGCACUCUGCAUCGAGCACUCUGCAUCGAGCUGCCUCAGCGGACCUUAUUUGUAAGGCAAGGCAAGUAUGUUUGACGCUCAGCCGGUCAGGCUCUUGUUGGUGAGCCGGCCACUUGAAGUCCAUGCCCUGACUCCACGUGAGAGCUUGUCGCGGCGACAUGGCCGCAAACAGAGCAGGUCCCCGGCUCUGCCCUGAGCCAUUCGCCGUCUUUGUUUGAGUGUUUCAUCAAAGUGCGGCGGUGUGAACUUGACACGCUGGUCCCGAGCACGCCUGAAUUCUGUCUCGCCUAACCUUUCGCUUCUAACAAAACACUAUUGGCCAGCUGUGCUGACUGUGCGCGCGCGCGCGCGUGUGUGUGUGUGUGUGUGUGUGUGUGUGUGUGUGUGUGUGUGUGUGUGUGUGUGAGGUGUGCACGCUUCCGACGUGCUGCUUAGUUCUAAUCAUCAGCUUUUCUUUUCUUGCCUGUAAGAUGCUGUCGCUGUUCAAAGCAGCGAUUAUUAGUACUGUAUAAAUGUCACGCGCCGUGAGGCCCAUCUAACUCAUUCUAACAGUCACGUCCACACUUCAAUGUACAUCCUCAUCAUCAUCCUCAUCAGCCCUUUCGCGUUGGCAUCGGCGUCAGCCUAGCCUUCGCUUGCGCCACAUCCGAUGUUAGACAUGAUACCAAUGUACAUGUACAUACAAAUAACCGUCUUCACCGAAACCAACGCCUCUCCCUCUCUUGUAUUCUAGCCUUCCUAUUGCCAUGUAGAGGAUGCAUCCAUUUCCUUACUGUACAAAUUUGGCCGCUGUCGAGCGUUUGUUAGCAGCACCAUCUAUUUUCAUCCUUUUCCGUGUGUCCUGCUGCUACCUGCUGCUACUUGAUAUGUACAAUCGUACUGCUUAGCCUGCUAUGCUGUCUACUCACUUGAUAUGUACAUACUGCUUAGCCUGCUAUUCUGUCUACUCCCUAGGUGAAACAAGUCCACGCCAACCUGUCGCCGCACGCACGCCCUGUUACUCGUUUGUCCACUUUGUAAAGGCUGGUCCGAUAUACCCCCCCCCCCCCUACCCCUCGUCUCACCCCUCCCGCUCCUCGGGUCAAAAGCCCCCGGGCUCUUGAUCUGCUUGCUGUGUCUAUCUUGCUUGCUGUUUGGUUUUUGGCGCUUACCCAAGAAGUGCUGCCGCAGCUUUAUUAGAGACUCAUUUUUAUUAUUCAAUUGCAUGGUAUUAUAUAAAAUUUCUAUCGCGGCGUUUCGCUCCAAACGUCAUAUCUGUACGCUUUUAUUAGAUGGACUCCGCCAACCGAUUUCCCUACUUGGAACUAUAUUGAACAUGUUUCUAUUGACUUUAUCGUUGGAAUUUGAAUCGUACGGUCAGACCUCGCUUAUCCGGUCCUCUUUUA